GGCCGCCUAGUCGCUAACGUAACACAAGGAAGCUCACGUUCUCGCUCUCCCUUAACCAAUCCAAUGCUCUAACGUAUGCGUAAAUGCCACGUCAGGCACAUAGGUAGCUAGCGCUCGUUUGUUUGUCAUAUUUUCUCGGUCUACAAAUAAAGUUGUGAUAUUUCCCGAGACCACUUGUCACGAUUGGCUUAUCGCGUACACCAUGCACAGCAAGCAUUAUCAGGGGCUACUGUUGAUGACAGUUUAUAUCACUUUUGGUGCCUGUACGGAACUGACUUUUGAAUUACCUGAUAACGAGAAGGAGUGUUUUUACGAAGAUCUCGAAAGCGGUGUCAAAUUUGACAUAGACUUUCAAGUGAUAGCUGGGGGAAACUAUGAUGUCGAUUGUUUUGUGACCGAUCCCAUGAGCAAUGUCCUGUACCAGGAAAGAAAGAAACAGUACGACAGCUUCUCACACACCACCGCCUCAAAAGGUGUCUACAAAGUGUGCUUCAGCAAUGAAUUCUCCACCUUCUCCCAUAAAAUUGUAUACCUGGACUUCCGAUCGGGAGAGGAACAUCCUCUAUUGCCUGACAUGAACAGAGCAUCGGCGCUCACUCAGAUGGAAUCUGCAUGUCUGUCCAUCCAUGAGAUCCUGAAGGUGGUAACAGACUCCCAAACGUGGUACCGUCUCCGUGAAGCUCAGGACCGCAUGAAAGCGGAGGAUCUUCUUGAACGCGUCUCCUACUGGUCCAUUGGAGAGACACUCUUCCUGUUCGUAGUCAGCAUUGGUCAGGUGCUGAUGCUCAGAAGCUUCUUCACGGAGAAGAGGAGCGACGUGAACACCAGCACAUAAACCAACCGGCAUUUCCACAUUAUUCACUGCACCGUAUAUUAACCGCACGGCAGUAUCUGAUGUAGUUUUAUAAAACAAACCCGUGUGUUCACCGCUCCCAUGUAUUAAUCGUGUUUUUUACCAAUGUUACAUCAUUGUGUUGAAAAGUCAAGAAUGUUCUGGGUCCUCUUGAUGUUCUUCAAGCAGCAGAUCUACAUGGAGUUAUCUCCUGUUGCUGACCAUUUGGGCAAGACCAAGGUCAAAAUAACACGUGGUGGGAAAUAUUAAAUUCAUGUAUUAACUACAGGGCUGCAAAAAAGUUACAAAAUCAAUGUAUAAACAGCGGUUAAUAGUGGGGAAAUUACAGUAAUAUCACCAAGGGUAGACAUACAACCACUCAAAGAUGUCCAUUCACAUUUGUUUAAACAAGCCAGAUGUGCCAAGAAUAAAAACGUUUCAUCCUGA